UUUUAAAGAGAACACGACACAAACACAAUACAACAGCACAGCUUGAAACUUUAGAUAAGGAGAAAGGAGAAAUGGAUUCAGAUUUUGGAAUGGUAAGAGAACUAUCAGAAUUACAAAAGCUUCGAUCUCACUACCAACCUCAACUCCCUCCAUGCCUUGAGGGAACUGCUGUCCGUGUAGAGUUCGGUGAUGCAUCCACAGCUGCUGAUGCCUCAGGUGCCUACGCCAUAAAUAGGUCCUUUCCUCACACUUAUGGUCAGCCUUUAGCUCACUUUCUUAGGGCAACUGCCAAGGUCCCUGAUGCUCACAUAAUUACCGAGCAUCCAGCAAUCAGGGUGGGAAUUGUUUUCUGCGGUAGACAAUCGCCAGGAGGACACAAUGUCAUAUGGGGUCUUCUUGACGCUCUAAAAAUUCACAACCCCGAUAGUGUUUUGCUUGGAUUUUUGGGUGGCUCUGAAGGUUUAUUUGCACAGAAAACUCUAGAGAUCACCAAUGAUGUUCUUGCAACCUACAAAAAUCAAGGUGGUUUUGAUUUAUUGGGACGGACGAAAGAUCAAAUUAGAACAACUGAACAAGUCGAUGCAGCUCUGAAUGCAUGCACAACUUUGAAGUUGGAUGGUCUUGUCAUUAUUGGAGGGGUGACAUCAAACACAGAUGCUGCUCAACUUGCAGAAACUUUUGCAGAAAGAAAAUGCUCAACAAAGGUUGUCGGAGUUCCUGUUACAUUAAAUGGGGAUCUCAAGAACCAAUUCGUUGAAGCAAAUGUUGGUUUUGACACAAUAUGUAAGGUCGAUUCCCAGUUGAUCAGUAAUGUCUGCAUUGAUGCCGUUUCUGCAGGGAAGUAUUAUUAUUUCAUCCGACUCAUGGGCCGAAAGGCAUCACAAGUUGUCCUGGAAUGCGCUCUCCAGUCACAUCCAAACAUGGUUAUUCUUGGUGAGGAGGUUGCUGCAUCAAACCUUACAAUUUUUGACAUAACAAAGCAAAUAUGUGAUGUAGUGCAGGCCAGGGCUCAACAAGAUAAGUAUCAUGGUGUGAUCCUACUGCCAGAGGGUCUCAUAGAAAGCAUUCCUGAAGUUUAUGCUCUAUUGCAGGAAAUCCAUUGUUUGCUUAGGCAAGGCGUCUCUAUUGAUAAAAUUUCUUCUCAACUAUCACCUUGGGCAUCUGCAUUGUUUGAGUUCUUGCCACCUUUUAUUAGAAAACAGCUCCUUCUCCACCCAGAAUCAGACAACUCUGCGCAGCUGUCCCAGAUUGAGACAGAAAAGCUCCUAGCACAUCUUGUUGAAGCAGAAAUGAACAAACGAUUGAAAGAAGGAACCUACAACGUAAAGAAAUUCAAUACCGUUUGUCACUUCUUUGGUUAUCAGGCACGGGGAUCAUUACCAUCAAAGUUCGAUUGCGACUAUGCCUAUGUUCUUGGUCAUAUCUGCUAUCAUAUUCUGGCUGCUGGUUUGAAUGGUUAUAUGGCAACUGUAACCAACCUGAAGAAUCCUGUGAACAAGUGGCGUUGUGGUGCUGCUCCUAUAACAGCCAUGAUGACAGUUAAACUUUAUGGACGUGGUAAUGGGGCCUCUUCACUUGGAAAGCCGGCUCUGCAUCCUGCAACUGUGGAUUUGAAGGGCAAGGCUUAUGAGCUGUUGAGACAAAAUGCAGCCAAGUUUUUGAUGGAUGAUGUUUAUAGAAACCCAGGACCCCUUCAGUUCGAUGGUCCAGGUGCUGAUGCUAAGGCUGUAACCCUGUGUGUUGAAGACCAAGAUUACAUGGGUCGUAUCAAGGAAUUGCAGGAAUACCUUGACAAGGUGCGUUCCAUAGUGAAACCUGGGUGCUCUCAAGAUGUUCUGAAGUCUGCUUUAAGUGCCAUGUCCUCUGUGACAGACAUUCUGUCUGUGAUGUCCUCACAUUAAAGCGCUCCUUUCUAGUGGUGCAUAAUUUUUGUACAUCCUUCUGAGGAACUUCGAUGGGGAAUUGAGGAAUCCACUUUUAACAUUGUCUUGAUCUUGUAUACUUCUUGAGAGAUAAGAUGCGUCAUUUAACAUAGUUUUAUCUACCCUUUUUGUCUUUUAUGCUUUUUCAUCCUUUCUGUAGUUUUGACAUCAGAAUUAUGUUUGAGAGGAUUGCUGUUGCGUUGUACUUAAUAUUGUUGGGUUGUGUGCCCAUAUAGUAUAUUUUGCUAUGAUAAAAUAAUUAUUUAUAAUAAAUAAAUUAUGAUUUUAUUUAUUUA